CUUCCUCCCUCCUUCCUCCUCCCCCUUCCCCUCCUCCCGCUCCGCCCCGGUGGGGAAGCCCGGCCCCGCGCCAGUCCGCGGGGCUACCGGUCUCCCCGCUGCCCGGACCCGCGGGGAGGUCCUGCGCGAGAUGGAUACAAGAGAUCCGGACUUCUGAACUUCUACAAAGAUAAAAUGUGCAAGUCCUUUGUGAUGCUGAGGAGGUUGGAGCUGGACUAAAUUGGGAGACUAGAAGAAAUGCUGCUGUGAAGGGAGUCCCCAGCGUGCAGUAGAGACUCGCCGGAGGGAAUGUCAUCCUGGACCAUGGGUACCCGCAGCCCGGACAAGCGAGGAAGUUUCUUUAAGCUUAUUGACACCAUCGCCUCGCAGAUCGGAGAACUGAAGCGGGAGAUGGUGCAGACGGAUGUCAGCCUGGAAAAUGGCCUGGGACCCACCGAAGCCCACAGAACCCGGAAACCUAAAACUCUAUCUGCCACAUCCACCUACUCACAGUGAUGGAAACAAUAACGCAGCAGGAUCCUCCACGCGCCAAAUAGAGCUCAGUGUAGCCUGUGUCAGUCUCCAGGAGGCUUAAAGGGGAGCGCUCAGAGGAUGGACUCAUUUUGCGUUCUCAGCAUGGUGAGACACAAGGACGACGGCUGUCCCCAGGAAAAGGAAGUGAAGACCUGUCCCCGGGACUCCGGCUAUGACAGCCUCUCCAGCAGGCUCAGCAUUUUGGACCGGCUUCUCCACACCCACUCCAUAUGGCUGCAGCUGAAUCUGAGUGAGGAGGAGGCGGCAGGAGUCCUACAGUCCCAGCCCCCGGGGAUUUUCCUGGUUCGUAAAUCCACCAAAAUGCAGAAGAAAGUCCUCUCCCUUCGCCUGCCCUGUGAAUUUGGAACUCCACUCAAGGAAUUUGCCAUAAAGGAAAGCACAUACACCUUUUCCCUGGAAGGCUCAGGAAUCAGCUUUGCGGAUUUAUUCCGGCUCAUUGCUUUCUACUGCAUCAGCAGGGACGUUCUGCCGUUCACCUUGAAGUUGCCUUAUGCCAUCUCCACGGCCAAGACGGAGGCUCAGCUUGAAGAACUAGCCCAGCUGGGACUAAAUUUCUGGAGCUCUCCAGCUGACAACAAACCCCCAAACCCUCCACCUCCCCAUAGGCCUCCCUCCACUGAAGGCGUUUGCCCUGCCUCCCGCCAGCUCUGCCUUAUAAAUGGAGUGCAUUCUAUCAAAACCAGGACGCCUUCGGAGCUGGAGUGCAGCCAGACCAACGGAGCCCUGUGUUUCAUUAAUCCCCUUUUCUUGAAAGUGCACAGCCAGGACCUCAGCGGAGGCCCGAAGCGGCCCUGCACUAGGACUCCCAACGCGAAUGGCACCGCCGAGAGGCCUCGGUCCCCCCCACCCAGGCCCCCGCCGCCCGCUAUUAAUAGUCUGCACACAAGCCCUCAGCUGUCCGGGACCGAAACCCGGGCGAGCAUGCCAGAAACAGUCAACCAUCACAAACAUGGGAACGUAGCUCUGCUUGGAACGAAACCAACCCCCAUCCCUCCACCCCGGCUGAAGAAGCAGGCUUCUUUUCUGCAGGCGGGAGGAGGCGGCGCAAAGACCUUGACCGGCAGCCAGCCCGACGGGGACGGGGAUCGGGAGCUGCUGCGGCCGCAAGAGGAGCCGGAGCCCAGCGCAGCUGGCAGCCCAGGUGGCGCCCCGCCUGCCGAGGCCCCGGGGGAUUGCACAAGGGCCCUGCCCGCCUGCUCUGAAUCACGGCCCCCGUGGCAUGGAGGAGGCAGACAGAGGCUCAGCGACAUGAGCAUUUCCACUUCCUCCUCCGACUCGCUCGAGUUCGACCGCAGCAUGCCCCUGUUUGGCUACGAGGUGGACACCAACAGCAGCCUGGAGGAGGACUACGAGGAGGAGAGCGAUCAGGAGACCAUGGCCCCCCCCAUCAAGUCCAAAAAGAAGAGGAACAGCUCCUUCGUGCUGCCCAAGCUCUUCAAGUCCCAGCUCCGCAAGAUGAGCGGCGUGUUCAGCUCCUUCAUGACCCCCGAGAAGCGCAUGGUCCGCCGGAUCUCCGAGCUGUCCCGGGACAAGUGCACCUACUUCGGCUGCCUGGUGCAGGACUACGUGAGCUUCCUGCAGGAGAACAAGGAGUGCCAUGUGUCCAGCACGGACCUGCUGCAGACCAUCCGGCAGUUCAUGACCCAGGUGAAGAACUACCUGUCGCAGAGCUCGGAGCUGGACCCCCCCAUUGAGUCUUUGAUCCCCGAAGACCAAAUAGAUGUGGUGCUGGAAAAGGCCAUGCACAAGUGCAUCCUGAAGCCCCUGAAGGGGCACGUGGAGGCCAUGCUGAAGGACUUCCACGUGGCUGACGGCUCCUGGAAGCAGCUCAAGGAGAACCUGCAGCUCGUGCGGCAGAGGAACCCCCAGGAGCUGGGCGUCUUCGCCCCGACCCCAGACAUCGUGGACGUGGAGAAGAUCAAAGUCAAAUUCAUGACCAUGCAGAAGAUGUAUUCGCCGGAAAAGAAGGUCAUGCUGCUGCUGCGGGUCUGCAAGCUGAUUUACACGGUCAUGGAGAGCAACUCAGGGAGGAUGUAUGGCGCCGACGACUUUCUGCCGGUCCUGACCUAUGUCAUAGCCCAGUGCGACAUGCUGGAGCUGGACACGGAGAUCGAGUACAUGAUGGAGCUAUUGGACCCUUCACUGCUGCACGGAGAAGGUGGCUAUUACUUGACAAGCGCCUACGGGGCACUUUCUCUGAUAAAGAAUUUCCAAGAAGAGCAAGCUGCAAGACUGCUCAGCUCCGAGACCAGAGACACCCUGAGGCAAUGGCACAAACGGAGGACCACCAACAGGACCAUCCCUUCCGUAGACGACUUUCAGAAUUACCUCCGCGUUGCCUUCCAAGAGGUCAACAGUGGCUGCACGGGAAAGACGCUCCUGGUGCGGCCAUAUGUCACCACCGAGGACGUGUGCCAGCUGUGUGCCGAGAAGUUCAAGGUGGGGGACCCCGAGGAGUACAGACUCUUCCUCUUCGUCGAUGAGACGUGGCAGCAGCUGGCAGAGGACACCUACCCUCAGAAAAUCAAGGCCGAGCUGCACAGCCGGCCCCAGCCCCACAUCUUCCACUUUGUCUACAAGCGCAUCCAGAACGACCCUUACGGCAUCACAUUCCAGAACGGGGAGGAAGAUCUCACCAUCUCUUAGGAGACUCAGGACGCUCCAGUGGUUGGGAACCUCGCCCUCCGAGUGCCUUUCCCGUGCUUGUGCUGGAAAAGCAGGCACCUCCGUGGAGACCCUUUCAGUUUAGGGACUAAACCAUCCACGGGCAGAUUUGACCAAGGGCAUCUUUAGCCAUGUUGCCCAAGCCAGGUAGCUGAGGUUUGUGAAACUGGAGGCUUCUCUCCCUCAGAGAUGGGGAGUUGAAUUGGAUGGUCUCAGUGUUCUAAAAGUGUUUGCUGCCUAUCCGCAGCCAGGCUUACAGACGUGUGCAUGUGUUUAAUAAACAUGUAAGGUACAA